CCAAAAUCACCAAUACAUACCCUAGCCGCGAUAACCUUUGACAGAAUCUCUUGCCACUUGUUUUUCCUCCAACAAUGGAAAUAGAAGAUGGUGGUUCCUUGUAUAAACCUAGACACAAGAUUUCUCACACUUUCUCAGACUUCAUGAUUAGGAUUACAAAGUUUGAUGAAUUAACGGAAGUGGGAAGUAGAUUACUAGUUGGUUUUCAACAAGGACUUGAGUAUCUGCGGCGUCAACCGAUUGAAAAGAAUUCUGAAUUGGUCGAGCGCAUUAUUAGAGGCAAUGAAACUGAGAGGCUUUCCUCCUACAUAGAAGCUGGAUGUCUGAAUGCUCAUGAUUCUAUACAAAAUGUGUCCAAGUCGAAGUGUGUAGUUGAUGAACUUGCAUGUCUAUUAAAGGAUGCGGAAGCUGUAGUGUAA